GCCACUAUCCAUCUUUGCUUAUAAAACUUUUAGUCUAUUGUUACUUCGAAGGCUUUAAAACGUCUGUUGACACGUGAUGUAUAGAUUUGUAAUUUUUGUCUAGCCUAUUAAAUAUAUUUGCACUUUUCGUACAUUAUGCCAAUGCGAGAUUAUAUCGAAUUCUAACCAAAUACAUUUAUGUAAAUAAUAGAGAUUAUAAACAAUUGACAAGAACAUAACUAAAUAAAGUAAACUUAUUUGACUCUAAUUAAAUCUUGAUCAACAGGAUUCCAUCUUCAUUAAGAAAUACUUAACACAUAUGACAUUGAUCGCUACCUAGUGAUCAAUCAAUUGUACAUAGAUUUGAUCUUUAUUCAUGUUCCUUUCGAAAGAAAAAUAAACUUGAAUACAUGGAUAAUAAUUUUAAUCAUAGAUGAUUGAUCAAACGAUAAUUGUAUUGUCAUUUAUAAUACUAUUUUGUAUAAGUAAUGGUUAUAUUGAAGGUUCAGAAUUGGAUAAUUUUUUACGUGAAUUCAUCUACAGUGUAUUUUCUGAAGAAUUAGGAAAUGAGACAAUACCUAGCGAUGAAUUGGAAUUAAUGAAAAAAGAAUUUAUGGAAGCAUUUGAUGAAAAUUCUGACAAUCGAAUUGAGCUUACUGAAAUGGCAAAAAUUCUACCAACUGAAGAAAAUUUCAUUCUGCUAUUUCAUCGGGAUAAUCCGUUAGAUUCAAGUGUUGAAUUUAUGAGAGUGUGGAAACGUUUUGAUAAAGAUAGAAGUGGAUACAUUGAGGCUGAUGAAUUGAAAUCAUUCCUUCUACACUUACUGAAAGAAGCAAAACCGGAAACUAAUAUUGAAGAAGCCAAGUUAAUCGAGUAUACUUCAUCCAUUCUUCAGUUAUUCGAUCAAAAUAAAGAUGGUAAACUUCAACUCAGUGAGAUGGCACGAUUACUUCCUGUUAAGGAGAACUAUUUAUGUAGACCAAUUUUUAAGAAUGCUUCAAAAAUUACAUCAGCUGAUAUUGAUCGAGCAUUUUCACUUUAUGAUUUAGAUGCAAAUGGUACAAUAGAAGAUGAAGAAUUAUCAGGAUUUCUUAAAGAUUUGUUAGAAUUAGCACAAGAAGAUUAUGAUGAAGAUGAUUUAGAAUUUUUCAAAAAAGUUAUCCUUAAUCAAUGGGAUGUAAAUAAGGAUGGUAAAAUUAAUCGUGAUGAAUUAAAAAUGAUGCUUAUGCAACAAUCACGUUUAUUAAGUGAUAAACUUUAAAAAAAAAAUUUAUUGAAUUAUUUAUUCGUUACUAACUACUCUUAAGUAGUUAUGUUAUCGAUUUUCAAACGAAAAAAAAAGAGAAAAAAGAAAAAAAAGAAAAACAAGUUGAGGAGGAUGAUAAUAAUGACGAAAGCAAAUUUCUACCUCGAUGAUAACUCCUCUCUAAGUUUCUUUUCUUUUUUCACUAAAUAACACUGUCAUAUAUGUCAUUCUUUUCUUUUCUUUUUUUUCUUCUAUAUCUAUCUAUCUAUCUAUCUAUCUAUCUAUCUAUCUAUCUGUCAUUCUUUCUCUAUAGUUUAUUCAUUGAUAUACGUGCAUUUUUAUUCCAUGAAGCCUAUUUAAUUGCCUAUAAUUGUUUCCGCUUAUUUUAAAAGAAAACACACAUACACACAACAACAAAAAACAAGUAUCUGUAUACAUGAUGUCAUUUAUUUUAUCAUUAUAUCUUUUCAUUAAAAUAAUUAGUAAUCAAUACUAUUACUUACUUAGUUAGUUACUUACGUAGUUACGCCUGUUACACCUCGUGGAAGUGUAUAGGUUACAGGUGGAGUUUUUUUUUUAAAAAAAUCACAUAGUGAUAAUAAUUUUUAAUCCUUCAUUUAUAGUGAACUAAUUUAACGACAGUACUACUAUUAUUCAUUAUAGUAAUAUACUCUAGUUUACCAGCAAAAAAAAAAUAAUCAUCACCAUCAUCAUUAGUUUUAAUGUUUUUCUUUUUUUGAAAAAAAAGAAAAAUGGAACAUUCAUUAUAACACUGUAACACAUUACAUAAUCAUCUUUACAUUUGAAUAUAGAGAAAUUAUUCAAUUGUAUCAUUCAUAUUAUUUAUCUAUAAUUUGAUGGAAUCUUCUUUUUGUUGUUGUUGUUGUUGUUGUUGUUUUGUAAUCAAGUACUCUUGAUGAUACUACUAAUAAAGAUUAUAGUAAUCUCUUUUUGUCCAUGUAUGUUUUAUUCAAACUAAGCAAAGUUGUGUUAGUGAUGAAACAUUAAAAUACUUUAAUGAAUCAUAUAUGUAGCUGACUUCAGUUUAAUCGUAUGAUGAACUAAACAACCCUGAUAUUCUUGUGUAUAAUUGUGGACUAAAAUCAUGUUAGUGAAUAAUGGAAUUAAAUAAGUCAAAUACAAAGAUAAAUUUCUAAUACAUAUUUUUUUGUACAAUCGUUGAUUAGAACAAACAAUCAGAGAGAUUGUGCAAAGGACCAAAGAGGAGAGAACGAAGAAAAAUGAUCAGCGGUGAAGAAGGUAUGUAAACCAACUUAAUUGAAUCAAAUGUGAAUCGAUAUUUAUAGUCAGACAAAUAUAAGUUACAAGUAUGUGAUGGGUAAGAUAUUAGAAAUGCACAAAUAUACGCUUCCAAAAAAACAAUAAUAGAUUGAUUUUUUCCACAGACUAUAAUAAUCUAUGUAAGCUCGAUAAUAAGGUUAGCCAUUACAAUACUAAAUAACUUCAAGUUUUGAUCAUUUAGUUAAUGGAUAAUGCUGAAAUGCAAUAUAUAGAGACCUUAACUAUACUGUAAUUCAGAGUAGUUUGCAUAUAAUACUUUAUAAACAUCAUAUUGUAGUGAACGAGAAAACAAAUGGAGACAAUCGAAUGUAUUUGAACACAGAAUUAUAGAAUAUACUAGUCAAAUUUGAGAAUCAUACAGUAAAUAAUUCAUUUGCAAAAAUGUUUGUUUCUACAUCAAUCAUUCUUUCUACUCAUUAUCUUUUCUACAAUUUUCUUAACCUUUUGCCUUCAAACAUUUCAUUUAUGAUUUAUGUUACAUACU